GCGUUACUUGUGCAAACUCAAACCGAGACAAUUUUCGACGAAAAUAAAGCGGGGUGCCCCUACUCCUGUGGUACAGCGCAAGGCCAUGCGCGUUAUAAGAGCAGGGUAGCAGGGUAACUGGAAAAGAUGAAAAACACCAUUUAUGCUGAAGAAGUUCCCACUGAUCUGACUGGAUACACACUUGUGCUGCCAUCAGUGAGCGUGGGUAACGUGGGACAGCUGGCAGUGGAUCUGCUGCUACACAACCUGGCCUGCAUAUAUGUGGGCGCCUUCAGUCACCCCAGUGUGCAGGCUGUGGUCGGUAGCAUGCCAGAUGACAGCACUGGUGUGCCUCGCCUUAUGACCGCCGUAGAAGCAUACGUGUGCAAAGACAAGCAACUUUUUGUCAUCCAGAUUCGCUCUCCCAUCUCCCCAGAGGGCCGGCUGUCGCUGCUGGACGACCUGGUGGCGUGGGCGGCGGCGCUCAACACGUCCGUCACCUUUGACCUGUAG